AUGGUUGACGUGCACAACCCCCGCUGCCAGGUGCCCGGCUGCACCACGUAUCCCAUCUUCAACAUUGAGGGGGAGGCCAAGGGCAUCUACUGCAAGGCGCAUGCUGCGCCAGGCAUGGUUGACGUGUACAACCCCCGCUGCCAGGCGCCCGGCUGCGCCAAGCAGCCCAGCUUCAACUUUGAGGGGGAGGCCAAGGGCAUCUACUGCAAGGCCCAUGCGGCGCCAGGCAUGGUGGACGUGGUCAAGCCCCGCUGCCAGGCGCCCGGCUGCACCACGUAUCCCAUCUUCAACAUUGAGGGGGAGGCCAAGGGCAUCUACUGCAAGGCGCACGCUGCGCCAGGCAUGGUUGACGUGUACAACCCCCGCUGCCAGGCGCCCGGCUGCACCACGCGUCCCAACUUCAACUUUGCGGGCGAGGCCAAGGGCAUCUUUUGCAAGGCGCACGCUUCGCCAGGCAUGGUUGACGUGUACAACCCCCGCUGCCAGGUGCCCGGCUGCACCAAACAGCCUAACUUCAACUUUGAAGGUGAGGCCAAGGGCAUCUAA